GUUUUAUACUAGCUUUCUCUAUCUCUCUCCCACUGGGACAUAAAUGUUCCUAUAUUUCAAAAUAUAUAUAUGUUAUGAUGAGCAAUGCAGCCAAAGGUGCAUCAUCUUUUACGUCACAUGAAAGCCUUUCCUACCUCUUCAAGCUGCACAAGCCUUUCUCUUUCCCAGAAUGAUUUGUUCCAUUUCUUGUUAUUAUUACUCCUUUUGGACUUUCUAUAUAAUGCUUUCUAUAUAUGUUUCCAAUAAUACCACGUACACUACUCAUGUGCCAGGAAAAGGAGCAGCAGUGACCACCUAGCAAUAGUACUCUCACCUUCUCUCAAUCAUUUUUCAUUUGUCAACUUUUAUAGACUUCGAUUUGUGUAUGCAAAUUUCUUUAGGACAUGUGGCCUACAUUAGUGGCUAAUAAGAUAUUCAAGAAGAGACUUGGAAGCAGCAAUUUUAUAGCAGAUUUUCCUAGUUAUAAAGAACCCUUGCUGGGUAUUGUAGACAUUGAUCAAAACUCAAAAACCAUUCUUAAUGAUCACAAGGACACACACAAAUACAAGGUAUUUGUUAGUACAUGGAACGUAGGUGGGAUUGCACCGGAUGAAGAUUUGAAUAUAGAUGAUUUGUUUGAGACAUGCAACAACUCUUGUGACAUCUAUAUACUAGGGUAUUGUCAGAACUGCUUCAGGUUUUCUAGCAUGUUUCAAGAAAUAGUGCCUCUAAGAGCAUCAAAUGUAUUGGGCUCCGAAAACAAUGAGAUUUCUAUGAAAUGGAAUUCAAAAAUCAGGGAAGCCUUGAACAAGAAAACACAUCAAAGGGGCAAAGAUGCUAAAAAACAGGAGCUAAAGAAAAAUUUUCCCAAUAAGAAAGAAAAUCCAGCUAAGUGCUGUGAAGCCCCACAUGAUUUCCAAUGUAUCAUUAGCAAGCAAAUGGUUGGAUUAUUCAUAUCUGUAUGGAUUAGAAGAGAUCUUUGUCCAUUCAUUCGGCAUCCAAGCGUGUCAUGUGUAGGCUGUGGCAUAAUGGGCUGCUUAGGAAACAAGGGUUCUGUAUCAGUGAGAUUUCAGUUACAUGAAACAAGCUUCUGCUUUGUGUGCAGCCAUCUAGCUUCAGGGGGCAGCGAAGGUGAUGAAAAGUACAGGAACUCUAAUGUUGCUGAAAUUUUUUCUCGGACAAGUUUUCCUAGAGGCCCUUUGCUUGAUCUGCCUAGAACCAUUCUUGAUCAUGAUCAUGUAAUAUUUCUUGGAGAUCUAAAUUACAGAAUUUCUCUACCAGAAGAAAUGACACGCUUGCUUGUUGAAAAAAGAGACUGGGAUUCCUUAUUAGAAAAUGAUCAGCUAAUAAUGGAGCUAAUGACUGGAAACAUGUUAAGAGGAUGGAAUGAAGGAGCAAUUAAAUUUGGACCUACCUACAAAUAUUGUCCAAAUUCAGACAUUUACUAUGGAUGUUGCUAUCAUGGCAAAAAGGCAGAAAAGAGAAGAGCACCAGCAUGGUGUGAUCGAAUAGUAUGGUAUGGUGAGGGUCUAAAGCAACUUCAGUACACUAGAAUUGAAUCAAAACUGUCAGAUCAUAGACCUGUUAAGGCUAUGUUUAUGGCAGAAGUCAUGGUUUUACCAGAGCUGAUGAAAAACUUGCAAAGCUUAUUCCUAUCAGAAAGAUACGAGCAAAUUAAAACUCCCCUUGAAGUUUCCACCACUGAUGAUUUUGUAAAUAGAAAACGAUCAAGCUUCCGAUUGUGAAUUAUUUGUGUGAUUCAAGCUAGGCUUUAAAUCGCGAUAUGAUUGUGAUCAAUGUUGCAAUUUUAUCACAAUCUUUUGUAUUGGAGAAAAAUUGCAUAAAAAUGUGGCCGGUGCGAUCGCAAUUACAAUUAGAGACUCCAACAACCGUGACAUUGCCAUCAUCAAUAUUGUGGUUGCACGUGUUUUUUUAAAAAACUGUGAUAUAUGUACAUAAAUGUUCAAUUUUACAUUCGGAAAAAAGAAAAAAGAGCUAGGAGUUCAGAGGAAGGAAAUUGAGAAACUUCUAGGAGAUGAGAUGAGAUAUUAUAUGUUUUUGUUGCUGAUGAGUACACAGUGAAGUUGGUUGUUUUUUAAUUAUUAUCAAGUAUAUAUGUUAUGUGACAGAACAUGGAAAUAUGUCAAAACCUAUUGGAAAAAAAAAACUAUAAUCCAAAUUAAUAAAUCAAGCUUUUUUUGUA